GUGGAUGUAACGUAGUUCGCUGUCAGGGUGGUGAUGUGACGCCUUGGCUUAGUGUUUGUCUAACAGUCAUUAUGGAAUAUUACAGACUGCUUAUUAUAAUCCUCUACGUCCUUAGUAAUGGAUAUGGACCUCACAGAGUGGAAUCAGCCUCCUUCUUCGGCGCCUCCUACGUGUCGCUGCCACUCCAGGAAGCUCGCAGCUCCACAGAGAUCAGUCUUCGUCUUAAGACGCACCGCUCUGAUGCCUUGCUGCUGCUGGCCGCCGGCAACACUGAUUACUGCCUGGUGGUGCUGGAGGGAGGUGCCCUCAGGGUACGCAUCAACUUGGGGGCGGGAGAGUCUGAACUCUCCUCGGCUCCCAGGCUGCGUCUUGACGACCUUUUCUGGCACGAGGUCAGAAUCUCCCGCAACACCGCCCAAAUGACCCUCACCAUUGACAAUAUUCACACCACCAGAAUGACGCUGCCCGGGAGGUUUCACGAAUUAAAUAUCCACUACGGUGUCUUCUUGGGCGGGAUGGGAGAUUUCACGGAAGUUUUCCUGGGUCUUCUUGAUGACUUCCGCGGCUGCAUGGAUCAGGUAAUGUACAAUGGUCUAGAUAUUCUGCGGGAGGCGCAGGAGGAUCCCAAGUCGUCUGUUGUAUAUGGCGUCGAGUGGGAGUGCUCGAGCGAGUUCGAGGCCACCCCAGACGUGGCCAUCAGUUUCAUCAGACCCGGUGCCUACGUGGCCUUCCAGGACUCAUACCCUAGAACGGGAGGGUCUAUUAAGACUGAGAUCAAGACGCAGUCACAGCACGCACUCCUGCUAUACAACACUGGCCCACCAUCCAGGUCAGACUUUAUCGCUCUGGAGAUCUACGACGGCCACCUCAGACUUAUCCUCGACAAAGGCAACGGAGCUGUCGGUCUAAAUAGUUCUAUCUACAUCAGCGACGGAGUGUGGCACAAGUUAGAAGCUCACUUCCAGCCUUCGUACAUGGAGCUUAGCGUCGACGACCACAUAGAAGACCAACCAACCCAUGUUGGCGAGAAUAAGUUUUUUGACCUCUCUGGUUACCUCUUCGUCGGGGGAGUGGAGGUCAAUAAGCAAGCCCGUGCUGUCAGCCAGGGUGUCAGGAAUGGCGAUAAGAGCCUGGAGGGAUGUAUCCAGAAUCUCAGCGUAGGAGAGAGGAGUUUGAGCAUCAGGGACGCUCAGGUCACCCAAGGCAUCAAGGCAGAGUGCCAGUGGGCGUACCCGUGCCUCAAGAACCCUUGUGUGGACGGCAGCCGGUGUAUUCAGGAAGGCACUGACGGCUUCAAAUGUGAAUGUGAGCUGGCAUUAUGUGUACGCCAGAACUUUACCACAGCAUACAAGGUCUUCACCAAGACGACGCUGCCCUAUGAUCUCGAGGUACUGAGUUUGACACCUCUGGAAGUGUCAGAGGGAGGCCAGGCACUCGUUACCUCCCGUAAUCUCAACCUGGUACUUGACUACGAGAAGUACGGUGUGCGUGAGUCUGGUGUGUUGUUCCACGUGAUCACGCGACCCUCUCGAGGCCACCUUGACGUGCACAUGUGGCGUCGACCAGAGGAGACCAUCUUCACUCUGCUCGACCUCAACAACGAUCGAGUUACCUAUGCUCACGACGGAUCAGAGACUACCGAAGACUCCGUCGUCCUCGAACUGGAGCUGGUGACACGUUCUGGCUACAUUCUACCUUCGUACCUCCAGUCUCGUCACCGGUUCGUAUUACCGGUGCGCGUCAUCGCUCGGAAUGACUCUCCGACUCUGCAACUGCCUCCAGGGAAGGUGUUAAGACUGGCUGCUGGCACCUCCAAGACCUUCACACCGGAGAUCAUCACAGUCGUUGACAGUGACAGCCCUCCUAGCAAACUCAGAAUAACAGUUCUAAAUCUGAAAGAGAGUGAAGGUGGGUACAUAGAGAACUCCAAGUCCCCUGGAGUCCCUAUUCAUUCCUUCACGCAAGAGCAAGUCAACCAGGGUGUUGUCUCAUUCGUCCACCGAGGAGAACGCAACACCAAGAUCGUUCUCAAGGUUUCUGAUGGCAUCGAAACCGGAGAGCCAACCAUUCUGAGGGUGGCGGCCUUUGAGCUGCAAGUAUAUUUGGUCAACAACACUGGCUUGAGACUCACUCAUGGUAGCUGGGCCUUCAUUACCCCCGCGAACCUCUCAUCUACUACCAAUGCUCCUGAACAAGAUUUGGAAAUUUAUUUUCAAGUAACGGGAUUGCCACGUUUUGGGGUCGUCCAAAGGUUACACAGCAGCGAUCGCUGGCAAAAUGUGAACCAAUUCAGUAGUCGGCACCUGGAGAAAGACAAGAUCCGUUACAAACACAUUUCCAAAGAACCUAGUGAAGACGAGUUUAGAUUCAAAAUAUCUACUGACUAUUUCACAUUUCCAGCAGAAUACACUUUCGGAAUAUCAUUCGUGUCUGUGACAGUUAACGUCAUCAGAAACGCAGAGCUUCUUAUUGACAGAGUGCAAGAGAGCUUUAUUUCCGAAGGCUUUCUUCAGAGUGAAACCAAACCUGAUUCAACCCCUGGGAAAGAUAUCAUUUACAAAAUAAUAUCAACUCCAUUAUAUGGCUCUGUUUUCUUAAGCUCAGGAGAUCUAACACAGCAUAAAAAAUUGGAAAUAAGUUCUACGUUUAGCCAGGAAGACAUUGCCAAAGGAAGAAUCAAAUACAAACUUCGUCGCAAGAGCUACUCGACUCUCCAAGAUUCUUUCCAGUUUCAAGUUUCCAGCAACGGCCGCUCCAGCAGCGUUCAUACAUUUAGUAUAAGACACAACCCUCCUCCAGUGGAUGCCAACAUUGUAAUAGAACAUUUAAAUGUACAGGAGGGCUUCAGAGAGAAAAUUACCGACAAAUAUUUGAAUAUAGAUGUCAGGGGCAUAACCAAUAUUGUAUUUAAUGUUACCUCUUGCCCUAGGCAUGGCUCAGUCAACGUUGUAGACGAGUCAAUGAUCCUCCCAGAGAGAAUAAACGCCACCUUCUUUACAUCACAAGAUAUAAAGUCAGGAUCGGUGUUUUAUCAACAUGAUGAUUCAGAAACGACUAAAGAUCGUUUUUAUUUUGUGGCAUUAUCAGAAGAUCCAGAGGUGGAUUUUCAGUACGUGGGAGUUAUGCACUUUCGAAUCAUCAUGACUAACGAUAAUCAUCCUAUUAGGAUUAUAGACAAGGUUCUCAAUGUCGUUACUGAGAGCGAAAGAGUCGUGACCUCUAAUGAUCUAUUGUACAUUGACCCUGACCUCGAUACGCCGUCAUCGCAGAUUCAGUACACCAGACGAAAAAUCCCAAACGGAGAUUUUUUUCACAUCGAUGACAGAUUUGAACCUGUGUAUUUGUUUACACAGGAAGAUAUUGAUCGACGGCGCAUUGUUUUUCGCCACGAUGGUCCCUCUUACGGCAAAGCUGUGAUCUCCGUCACGGAUGGUGAUCUAUCCUCUACAAGCAUCUUGGAAAUUGUGGCCUCUGAGCCAUUCAUCGAAAUCGUUAAUAACAGUGGAAUCAUUGUGCAACGAGGCCAGGAGGCCGUCAUCUCUAACUACAAUCUGAGCGUGGAAACCAACAUGAAUGCCUGGGGCUCAGAUAUUGUCUUCCAUGUAACCGCCGCACCUCGGUAUGGCCGCUUGAUGGUGAAUGGCCAGUCAGUCACUAAGCAUCAGUUCACCGAAGCUGACCUUCAGAGUGGGAAACUCAAGUAUGUCAACAAAGGAGAAGGAAGUUUUAGGGACGAGUUCCGCUUUCAGGCAAGAAUCAGUGAGACCUUCACAGACGGCAGCUUUGAGGUGAAGGUGUUCCCGGAGAGUUACUGGGAGCCGCUGGUGGUGUUGAAUAACUCUACGGUGAGGGUGGAAGAAGGCUCUAGAGUCACUAUCAACCAGGCGGCUCUCAAAAUCAUGCACCCCAACAUAGCACCCUCGGACAUCACAUAUACCAUUGUCCAGCGUCCACAGAAUGGCUACUUGCAGGUCGACUUGGGCCAGACCAAAACAUCAGAGCUCCAAGAUGAAGCCAACCUACUCAGUUCUAAGGUGAGCGAGUUCGACCAGGCACUCAUCGACCAGGGUAAAGUCGAGUAUGUGGAGGUCGGCACCAACGUCACCGCUGAUCACUUUAUCUUCGAUGUAACCAACGGCAUCUCCAGCCUUUCACGGCUUAUCUUUAGUAUUCAGGUAAUCCCCAAGACAAUCUACCUGUGGGCGGGACUGCUGGAAGUAGACGAAGGUUCGCAGACGAUCAUGACAGCGUCCGUGGUGACGGUUUUAACUGAGUAUUACACCGACAAGAUUGCUCAGUACCUCGUGGAGGUGAAGCCAGUGGCAGGCCAGCUGGAGCUGACCUCCAGGCCUCGAGUGAGAGUAGAGGCCUUCACACCUCUCCAGCUGCAACAGGGUUUGAUUGCGUACGUACAUGAUGGGUCAGAACGCCUGCACGACACGUUUAGUGUUGUGGCCGUGUCUGGGUUAAGACAGAGCGCACCAGCUAUGGUCAAUGUGUCAGUGCGAGGCAUUAACGACGAGGCGCCUUCCGUUGUCAACAACACAGGUCUCACCAUCUGGGAAGGAAAUACCGUGCAUAUCUCGUCCUCCAAUUUGGCUGUGGUGGACCCAGACACACCCCCACACAACCUGACCAUCAGCGCGGCCAUCCCAGACACAGGGUACCUGGCACUCUCGUCCAACCUCACCCACCCUGUGUCAGCCUUCACCCAGGCUCAGGUCAACCAGGGCCAGGUCGUCUUUAUCCAUACAGGUGGUUUGUCUGGUAUGUUCAGGUGGGAGGCUACUGACCAGCUGCAUCGUACAGGGUCGCACCUCUUCACAGUCACCGCCAAGGAGCUACAUCUCUCUCUGGAACACAAUAAGGAGCUGUGGGUUUUCCCCAUGAUGCAGCAACCCAUCACCCCAGCUCUUCUGCUUGCUCUUACCAACGACUUCGACUCUCGGCGCUCUGUGGUGUACACUGUACGCCAGCCUCCCUCACUAGGUCAGCUGCUGCUGGAGGAGGCAGGUGUUAGAAUUCCUGUUGAAAACUUCACUCAGCAGCACGUCAAUGAAUCUCGUAUUGUGUUUGAGCACACUAAACCCUUUCCAGAACUCUCUGCUAGUGAUAUAUUUGUGUUUGAUGUAGAGACACCAUUCACUGAGCCAUUAAAGAAUCAAAAAUUUCGUGUGGAGGUGUCUGUGACUAGUCGUGGUGGAGGAGGUUUAGAACGGUAUCUGGGGCUGGCGCCUCUGGUGGUGGCAGAAGGAGGGCAGGCCACUGUGCGCCCUGAUAAUCUCAACCUCUCUGCAGUGAUGGAGUUUAUCGAGAGUUAUCCUGGUGCUAUGGAUGUUGAUCAACCUUCACCAAGACUCGUGACUACUGUGACUGUCGUCCCAGCUCACGGAGUGUUCACUCUUCGAAAGAGAAACCUUACGGAAGGUUAUACAUUUACAGCUCGAGAUAUUGAGAAAGGUCGUGUUAAAUACGAUCAUGACCAUAGCGAUACACUUACAGAUGCGUUAGGGUUUACCGUCUCGAUGGUCGGCAAUGGGUCUUCUCCUGAUGUGCUCUUGUUCAACGGUACUUUAAACGUAAGUGUGACACCUGUGAAUGAUCAACCAUUCUCUCUGGAGACUGCGGCACCUGUCCUGCAAGUGGUUUCCCGUCAAACAGCUGUCAUUACCAAUGAGAGCCUCUUGACCACCGAUCCUGACAACAUGCCCAGUGAGAUUCUCUAUGAACUGAUGAGUGCCCCAGACCAUGGCCGCCUCGUCUCGGCUGACAACUACAGUGUUGGUAUUCAGUCAUUCUCUCAGCUAGAAGUAAACACAGGGCAAAUUUUAUAUGCUCAUGAUGGUACUAAUGGGUCAGCCAGAUUUUAUUUCAAAGUUUCUGAUGGAAGACACAAACCAAAAUAUACGGUAUUCACAAUUGAGGUUGAGCCUUUAACCCUUGAACUAAUAAACCACUCGUUCGUCCCAUUACGCCAGGCUAACACUGUUGCCUACCUCUCACCACAGUUUCUAGCCGCAGUGACAAAUGGUAACCAUAACCAUAUAUUUUACAACGUCACCAGACCUCCCAGGUUUGGUCGAUUGUACAUGAAUGAUCAAGUGGUACAUACAUUUAGGCAGGUGAACGUGGAUAAGUGUGAAGUACUAUAUAUGCAGAUGGAACUGAGUAAACCAGCUGAUAACUUCAAAGUAGAUCUUUGGACGUGGGAGGCUACGUUGCGCGAUGUGGAGGUUCGUAUAGUAGUUGUACCAUUAGUAGAGACCAAACCACUUUCAGCAGCUAUAGGAGGUCGUACACGACUCUCUCUUGAACACCUUGAUGCUUCACAACUUGCUACAACAACAGGAAGUAAUCCCGUGUAUAAGGUCAAAAGACGACCCCGUUUUGGUCGAAUAAAAAAAGUAAGCAGACGAAUGCAGAAGUCACUUCGCUCGCAUGAAGUUCACGAGUUCACUCAUGAAGAAAUUAAAGCAGGUCUAAUAUAUUAUAUUGCAAGAAAUCUUAAUUUAAAAACUGAUGAGCCUUUGCAUGAUACACUUCAGUAUAUGUUACAGGUUCCUGCUCCCAGUGUACAGCCUGCUGAAGGUACAUUACAUCUCAGGCUAGUAGAAGCACAUUCAGUCCUUGAUGAGGGCGCAGAGCCUCCCAGACACUUAAGACCGGAGCUUAUACCACCAUCUAUUCGUGGUAGUUCAGAGUCCAGUUCUCCUGGGUCUAUAAAUUAUGGCUUGUUUCUGGGUAUUCCCAAAGAUUUUAUAGUAAUGGUGGUGGCAGCCGUUACUGUAGUGAUAAUCGUUGCUCUAAUUAUUGUGGUAAGGUGUGCUACAAGACGUCGCCACUUUGACAAGGCAAGUGACAUUGGAAUGAAUGCUGAUGUACAAUCUCUACCAUCACCUAUUCCAUUAGAUUCUAGACCAAAUUCAUUUAUGAUCAAUGACCUGUCAGAACUGGAGUGCCGACCGCCAGAUUUGCCAUCAUCUCCCCGACCUGAGAGGAACCUCGUGCACCAGCAGCUACACCACAAUGGUGGCAGUGUUGGGUUGGGUCUGGCCGCCCAUCUCACAGACUCUGAGGCCUUGUGGCCCCAUGAUGCCUCAAGCGAAGUGUCGCCAGCAGUGCCUCAGUGCAAGGUGACGCCCUUGUGUACAGAUACAGCGGCUCGUGACCCUACUUACGACCCUCUUCUGGCUGCCUAUCCCUACGGAGUGGACACUCAAGCUGAAGAAUGGGGGCUUUACGAGAACCACCAGCCACGAGCCACCAACCCAAUGCUCAGGAAGAACCAGUACUGGGUAUAGUACCCUUUGUAGUGGACUGUCACAAACAGUGCAUACACAAUAUAAAGUACCACAAAUGGGAUUAUAAACAAGUUUUAUUGUUAAUGAAGAUAAUGGCAGUCAGAUGUUUAAGACAGGUUUUCUAAGACUGUGAAAGUGAUAAAAUAUCAGAAGCUACGACUGUUCUAAUUCACGAUUCUGAGUAACUUUAUUAAGCAUUGCCAAGAGCCUACCUAAAUAAGUGUUAAUAAUUAGAACUAUAUGUAUUCAAGUGCUACGAGUGCUUGGUAGGUUUCACAAGUGCGUUUAUCCUCCAGUGAGAGGUAGAGACAAACUUAAGUCAGAGUUUGAGAAUGUAUGAAAACUUUUAUGCAACUCAGGAAUUUCUGGUGGUUUUAAUUACAAGGAAAAGAAAGGAUCAUUUUCUAAUACACGAGGUCACUGACGUUGCUUUCCUCAGGAAAUUUUUAAAUGUUCAGUUUUAGGAAGCCGCUCAGAAGCACAAAGUCUGCGCAAAUCUUGAAGAAUUUAUGUAGAUUCCGAUCUUCACAAAUAUGGAGCCAAGGACUGUGCAGACCUUGAGCCAGUCUGUGCACUCUGACCAUUAAUCAUGUAGCCUUAGAGUUCAUGGGUUCCUGGUUAUUCUGGAUGGAGCUUAAAAACUCCUGUACCAUUUCAACUCCUUCCCUUUGUCAAUAGCUUUAUGACCCAUGCGGGAUUAGGCAUUUUGCAUACCGUAUGUAAUAUAAUUAAACUUGUAUAAACGCCAGAGAGGUUAUAUCGCAUAUAUUUGACUGUUGAUAAGAUCUGAUGCAAUUUGUCCUGUACAGAUGCGUCAUGCCAAGCAAUCUAACAUUCAGUGAUUCUCUUAAAAAGAGUUUGUCGGCAGAUACUUCUUUAUUUAGGAGUUAUGCAAAAAGCCAUUUUACGAAAUAAGUUUUCCAUUGCAAAAGUUAUGUGUUUAUUUCUCAUACUAGAGCAGGACCCAGUCUGCACACACUGAAUCAAAGUACAGAGUACUGUAUCACACAGCCAGACCCUGGCAAGUCGACACUAGGCGUUGUCUCGCAUUCCCAGGAGCACCAAGAUUGUUUCAGUUAUUUCAUCUCAUCCUACCCUAUGCAAUGGCCACCGAGAGAUUUUUUAAUGCUUAAAAUUGCAAACGAGCGAAAUAAUGGAUAAAAUAAUGUCUCAAACCCGAGCAGGACUCAAGCCUACAAACUUUGCAUCAAGGUACACAGUGCUACACCAGCUAGACUAUUAGAUACUAGUUGAUAAAACACUUUCACCGUCACUCACAGUACUUUCUUGCCAGAGGCACGCUGACACCACUAUUCAGAUGCCUCUCCAAACUGCAAUAUCCCCACCCCUCCUUCAGAGUGCAGGCUCUGUACUUCCCACCUCCAGGACUCAAGUCUGACUAACGUGUUUCCCUGAAUCCUUUCAUGUAACAGUGCUCACACUCUAACAGCACGUAAGAUCAUAAAAAUCACUUGCCUCCAUACCUUUCUAAAACGCACACUUAUUCCUACAGGAUGUUUAAGCCCCUCGCAUACUAAACCUUCCCUACACUGCAAAUUUAUGUACCCUUCAGUCACCUGAUUUUGAUCCAUUGUCUCUUGAUUGUCCAUAUCACCUCAACAACCCCCUCAUCAGUCAUUUGGAUAAUUUUUUUAGUAAACCUACUCCUUUUAAUUUUCAAACCACAAAUUCUUUGCAUAAUAUUCACACCACACAAUACCCUCAAAUGCAACAUCUCAACUGCCUUCAGCCUCCUCAUCGCUGCAACAUUCACAACCCAUGCUUCACACCCAUAUUAGAAUGUUGAUACCACUAUACAUUCAUUCCACUUUUUGCCUCCGUGGAUAACGUUCUUUGUCUCCAAGGAUGCCUCAAUGCACCACCCAUCUUCUCUCGUCAAUUCUUUGAUUCUCCUCGUCUUUCAUAGAUUAGCCCACCGACAAGUUCGCUCCCAAAUAUCUGAGCACAUUCACCUCCUACAAUCAUUCAUUCCCUCUAUUACCCUCAUCACCUUGUUCUUUCCUAUGUUCACUUUUAAUUCCCUUUUCAGAAUCUCCCAAAAGCACAGUGUCAUCGGCAAAAAACAACUGUGACAACUCCCACGUUGCAUUAUUUUUUUUUCUUAAUCCCAACAUCUCUCUCACUUAAUUCACUCCCCCAUCUAUAAAUAUGCUAACCAUGAUAACAUCUUGCAUCCCUCUCUAAGUUUACUUCUACUGGAAAAUAAUCUCUCUUACUCCCAACUUGAGCCUCACUAUUCUUAUAAAAUCUUUUAGCUGCUGUCACCCAUUUAUCAGUUGGAGUUCCAGUCUCACGAGUAGAACACAUAUUAAUGCAACCACAAAACAUAGUGGUUUUAAGCAACUAAGAAUACUGCAACCAGCCGCAAAUUGAAUCCUGGACAUUUAGCCUGGCUGUUAGUCAAGUGGGUUAAGAGGCACGUAAGUUCCCUCGUCUUCUAAUAACAAGCUCAAUUUUCCACUAUAAUCUACCUUGUCCAUAAUUACUAUUGCAUUUGCUUUGUUUUGUAAGGUGAAGUCUAGGAUUUUUCUUGAAUUCAUGGGAUAACUUAAAUCUUUGAGGAAAAUUGUGUAUCUGACGCGUGAGCUUCGCUCAGACUUAGUCUCGGAUGAGUCCAAGGGAUGUUAUUAAGUAUUUCUUCAGUCACAGAGUUAUCAGGAAGUGGAAUAGUCUGAAAAGUGAUGUAGUGGAGGCAGGAUCCAUACAUAGCUUUAAGGAGAAGCAUGAUAAAGCUCAUGGAGCAAGGCGAGUUAUCUAGUAGAGACCAGUGAAGAGGCGGGGGCCAGGUGUUGUUAUGCGACCACUGCAACCACAAUUAGGUGAACGCACACACCACGAAACCCUCACCUAACAAAGCAUGUUAGAAAACUGGAGAAAAUACAGAGAUUUGCAACGAGAAUAUUCAAAACAAGGAAUAUUAUGUGAGAAAAGCGAAAGAAAGUAAUCCUAACAAUACUAGAGGAACCAGGGAAGACAUAACAAUACUAGAGGAACCAGGGAAGACAUAACAACACUAGAGGAACCAGGGAAGACAUAACAAUACUAGAGGAACCAGGGAAGACAUAACAACACUAGAGGAACCAGGGAAGACAUAACAACACUAGAGGAACCAGGGAAGACAUAACACAAGAGGAACCAGGGAAGACAUAACAACACUAGAGGAACCAGGGAAGACAUAACAACACUAGAGGAACCAGGGAAGACAUAACACAAGAGGAACCAGGGAAGACAUAACAACACUAGAGGAACCAGGGAAGAGAUAACGACACUAGAGGAACCAAGAAAGACAUAACGACACUAGAGGAACCAGGGAAGACAUAACAACACUAGAGGAACCAGGGAAGACAUGACACUAGAGGAACCAGGGAAGACAUAACAACACUAGAGGAACCAAGAAAGACAUAACGACACUAGAGGAACCAGGGAAGACAUAACGACACUAGAGGAACCAAGAAAGACAUAACGACACAAGAGGAACCAG